AUGCCAGUGAAAAUUAGAUUAAAUAUUUUUGCGCUAAUAUCUCUGGCGCUGCUGGCAUCCGCCUUUGCCCAAUCAGAGCGUGAAGCCCAAAUCACCGAGUUUCAAGUGGCCCCUGCCGAUGACCAGGGUAUCUUCAAAUACGCCUAUGCCACCAGCAAUGGCAUUGAGGUUCAGGCCGCUGGCAGUCCCCUUGAAUCCAUAGGCGUCUUCAGCUAUACCUCUCCCGAAGGUGUCCCCAUCGAGGUACGUUACAUAGCCGAUGAAUUGGGUUUCCAUGCUGUUGGUCGCCAUUUGCCUCGUCCCCCACCCAUUCCUGAUUAUAUCCUUCGAUCGAUUGAAUACAUAAAGAGCCAUUCGAAACAGAAGCGUAGCAAAUGGAGUGUGUAA